AUGAAGCUGACAACCCCGCUCACGCCAUGGCUGGCUUUGGCCCUAAGCCUGUCCACCCUCAACAUCCCAGCCAAUGCUACGCCUACAAUCAGCUCGGACGAGGCUUCGGCAAACGCACCCUCUUACAUCAGUGCUGAGCGUCUGACCCAUUCAACGCCUCGUCGCAUGGAUGGCUUCCAGCGCAUGCUCGAACGGAGAUAUAAGAGACAGCAAGAACGUAACGAGCUUGCUCAAGCCAAGGCUGCAGAGUACUCCGACGAGACUGACAACGUCCUCCUUGGCCGGGUCUGGAACGCUGUUCAUGGCGGCCUCUCCAUGCAACAAGACGUUGGCUCCACCCUAUCCAAGUUUCUGGACUACAUUAGUAUUGCUGACGUCUCCGCGACAAAGAGGAGCAAGAAGCACAACAUCAAAGAACCCCUCUACCACAAGCAGCCUUUGGAUCACUUUGACAACACCACCCAAGCUCAGUUCGAACAACGCUUCUUCUACUCUACUCGACACUACAAACCCGCUUCGGCCCGCAGAAACGGUGAAGCGGUACCCAUCUAUAUUCUCGACAGUGGUGAGGCUGAUGCCACCGCCCGUAUCCCUUUCCUCGACACCGGUAUUCUCGAUAUCUUCUCCAAAGCUACUGGCGGCAUUGGCAUUGUCCUCGAGCACCGCUACUAUGGAACCUCGCUCCCAAACCGCACUGAGUUGGGCUCGGGAGAUGCUUGGGGAGUAGACCAACUUCGAUGGCUCACCAACAAGCAAGCCCUCCAAGACUCAGCCGACUUCAUUCGAAACCUCGACAUUCCAGGCACGGAUAAUAGCGAGAAACGCAAGAUCAUCUACUAUGGUGGAAGUUACCCCGGCGCAAGAGCUGCUCACAUGCGUUUCCUCUAUCCCGAACUUGUCCAUGGCGCUAUUGCAUCCAGCGCGGUAGUCACUGCUGUGGACGAAUUCCCAGAAUAUUUCUACCCCAUUGCAAGAGGUGCACCCACCAACUGCAGUCAAGCUAUCCAAGCGGCUAUUGCUGGCAUUGAUGAGAUUGUUGCUCCCAACCCACUCACUGGUGCUGAUCAGCCUGAACGAGAUACUAACCGCACCCAGCAGCUGCUCGAGCUGUUUGGUCUUCAAGGCCUAACCAACCUCGGCGACCUAGCCAAUCUCAACACCUACCCUUUGGGUUCAUUCCAGAGUCUCAACUGGGAUCCAAAAGUCUCCUCCACCGAGUUUGGCCAGUUCUGUGAUGUACUCACCACUUACGGCACCAAGCAAGCCUACGAAACCGAUUCACCUAGCGCUCAUGCUGAAGCUCAAGGUCUCAACAUAUCACGUCAAGUUCAUGCAUACGCACACUACAUGCGCACCAACUACGUCCAACCCUGCACUCAAGGCGAAGAUGGUCAACCAGGCUCCACCGCAGAUGAAUGUUUCGGUACCGACUACGAAGCAUUUGCUUCCGAAACUAAACUUUCCGCUGGUCGAGCUUGGACUUUCCAAUACUGCUCUAUUUGGGGUUACAUCAUGACUGCCCCUCCCCUUCCACGAUAUCUUCCCACACCAGAUGGCAAGAGCAAGUACUUUGUUUCUUCCGGUCCAAAGCUCCUUUCGACCCUGCUGGAUUAUGACUAUGCACACCAGAUCUGCGAAAAAGGCUUCCCAGCUGGUCAACACUUGACAAUGCCGGAGAGACCAGAUAUCGAUGAGGUGAACAGAUUGGGCAGCUUUAGCUUGUCAGUGGAUAGGCUGGCCUUUGUCGACGGACAGUAUGAUCCUUGGAGGCCCGCGACGGUGCAUAGUGAGGAAUUUGCCAGUGGAGGAGCAAGGGCAGAUACGAUUCAGAGACCGUUCAAGUUGAUUCCGGAUUGCUGGCAUCACUGCGAUGAGAAUGGGUUGAAAGAUGACAAGAAGACGCCAGAAAGAGUGAGGUUGAUUCAUGAACAGCAGCUCGAGUUUGUCAAGCAGUGGUUGAAGCAGGAUUGA